AUGCCAGCAGAGCGAGCAGGGUAUACAGUAUCGAUGUUCCUGGUGGACGUCUCUUCGACCAUGGCGGAGAAGAGAACCAUCGAACUCCCGCCAGGACCAGACGGUGAACUGAGGACAACAGAAAUCACAAACCUCGAAUGGGCUCUGCGAUAUGUCAAGUACAAGGUCCAGGAGAUGAUCUUCCACGGUCGCAAAACAGACCAAUGUGGAGUAUACCUCUUCGGUUCAGAGGUCACCAACAACCUCGUCAAUAAAAAGCAAGGCGGAUACGACCAUAUCCAAGAGUAUAUCAAGAUUGGCACGCCUAACAUUGGUACCCUCGCAAAAAUAGACGAGAUUACCACGUCCGACUUGUCUGGGGACCGAAACAAGAAAACCUGGACCAGGAAGAUCUUCCUCAUUACCGACGGCGAGCGACCCAUCGAAAUUGAAGAUUGGCAAGACAUCGUCAAUAGCAUGCUCACCAACGAUGUCAGAUUGACUGUGGUAGGUAUCGACUUUGACGACGAAGAAGGAGGAUACGUCUACCCCGAAAAGUCUUUCCACAAGAAAGCAAAUGAAGACUUUUUCAAAGAGUUCGUCGACGCAAUGGGCGACAACGGCGUUCUCGGUACACUCGAAUUCGCUCUCCAGGAAGUCGUCAGACCCGAACCGAAACAAGUCAAAUCAACGCCCGUCCCCACCGUUCUGCGCAUCGGAGACCCCGACUACAAACCAGAUGAGGCUAUGACUAUCACCGUCCGAGCCACGAAGUGUACAGCGCUCGUCCGGCCUGCCAGUUUGAAAAAGUACGCUUUGAGGGAGAUCACUGAGGAGGAUAUGGCUGUCGACGAAGACGAGGAACGCAAGGCGAUCUUCAAACAGUUGAAGAUGCGCACAGAGUACUACGUCGACAGAAACGCUGGAGGGGACGACGAAGACGAGAAUGUGAAGAUGGAAGAUGAUGAAGACGAGGGUCUGCUUCUGGAGGGUUCUGCAGGUCCCGUGGAGAAGAAGAACAAGGAAGAGAACUGGGAGAGAAUCGAGAAGGAAGAGCUAGUAAAGGGUUUCAAGUACGGAACGACCUACGCACCUUGUCCGGACGGUCAAUUCCCCAAACUGCAAACAGUAAAGGGCAUCGACAUUAUGGGUUUCUUCCCUUCUAAAAACUUCCGCCGCGAACUCUCCAUGGGCGAAGUAACCUACAUCUGGCCAGGCACAAACGCACCCGACCAACUCGCCCUCUCCUCUCUCAUCCAAGCAAUGUACAACAGCCAGAAAUACGCCAUCGCGCGUUGGGUCCUCCGCGACAACUCGGAUCCCAAGAUGGGGGUCCUAGCGCCCUGCGUCUGGGAUAACAUCGACUGUCUGCUCUGGGUCCGGAUGCCUUUCGCUGACGACGUGAGGAAGUACGUGUUCGGAAGUUUGGACACGCUGGUGAACAAGAAGGGCGAAGUGGUGGAAGAACAUCCUUAUCUGCCAACUCAAGAACAACAGGAGGCGAUGGAUAAUUGGGUGGAUAAGAUGGAGUUGGGGGAUGCCGGGGAUAAGGAUGAAGAGGGGAACCGGAUGCCUUGGUUCGACACUUCGUCGUCCUUCAAUCCAGCUGUCCAUCGUAUCAAGCAAGCCAUAUUCCAUUCGGCGGUUGUGUCGGAUGUGACGACUGACCCACUCCCACCACCUCAUCCCGAACUGCUCACCUACUUUGAACCACCCAAGAGGGUUCUCAAACGGUCCAGAGACGCCUUGGAAGAGUGCAAGAAGGUAUUUGCUGUUAAAGAAGUCCCCAAACGGACCGCCAAAUCCAAGAAGGACGAGCACACGCACGGCUUGGAAGAGGAAGACUCUAUCCUCCUCCUGGACGCCAAGAAACCCGCUCCGCCCUCCCGCUCCCAAACGCUCGUACAAGCCGAAUCGUCUUCAAACGUUUACGCCAAAGGCGAGCCGUCCACCCCACACAAGAAAGUCGAGAAGACGAAACCCGCUGCAAACGACGACGAUAGCGUCACAGAGGACGAAUCGGGCGAAGAAGACUAUGUCUUACUCGAUGCGAAACCGAAGAACGCACCGUUACCUACACCCGCUCGCUCCGUCUCUCCUGCUCCCCGUUCGAAAGGCAAACAACCUUCUUCCUCAAAAAGCCGCGAUGGCGAUGAAGACGACGAAGACGCGAUGGACAUUGACACCGGCCGCGCACCGGGGCGUAUCAUCAGCUCCACGUACCCCUUGCGAGACUUUAAGAAGAACAUCAGCCAGGGCGACGUGGUGUCUAAAGCCGUCGAGGAUUUGGGCGAGGUGAUUAAAGAGGUGGUUAUGAAACCGUUUACGAAGAGGAGGGAGGACGAGAUGGUGGAGUGUAUGAGGGUUUUGAGGGGGACGUGUAGGGAGGAGGAUGAAAUCGAUGCUUGGAAUGCUUUCAUCACAGACCUGAAAAAGAAAUGCCUCUCCAAACCCGGUAACCCAAAGUUCUGGGCCAAAGUACAAGAAGUUGGAGGCAAGGAGCUGGGUUUGAUCGGUGAGAAGGAAGCCAAGAGGUUUGGUGGUACUUCGCAGUAUACGGAGAGGCAAGUCGAGGAGUUCAUGGCCUGAGGAACGACAAUCGACUCCUAGCGUUGUCCUGUGCAAGGAUACAUGCCCCGUCUAGUUCUUGUUCUUGAUUCAUUCAUGGCUUAAUGUUCCGAUACUUCCCCUGUGGUCAACUUCAACCCUCCCCGGCUUACCUAUUUACUUCGUGUCUGUGUAGUUCGGUAUUCCUGGAUCCUUUUUGGACUAUAUGCACACUUUUUCCGUCUCCUGACGGUUGUACGCAUCGACGCUUGUAAUGAGAAAAAUUCU